AUUCUAAAAGAUCCGAUUGUGUUUAAAAGGUUCAGCUCGCGACUCUCUCCUCAUCACGCCUUGCUCACGGGGGCUGCUGUCAGGUUUACCAUCAUGUAGGCUGGUGUCGCUUUCGAAACCCAAAGCACUCGGAAACACCAGCAGAAUCGACGCGGGAUGCGAAGAUGGCGAGGCUCUUCGGCCGCGUGCUGCUGCUGUCGGUGCGGCUCGCGGUGAAGCUCCGUGCCGCGGGCUACUGGGCACUUAUCUACGGAUGCUGCGGCCUGUGCGCGCUCCUGGCGCUCCUCCGCCUCUGCUGGAACGUGCUCAUGAGGCCGACCGCGACCUUCCGGUGGACUGUGCGCGAGACCCCGCCGCCCUGCCUCAACGACACGUCCUUGGGAACGCACUGCUACGUCAGGAUCAAGGAGUCUGGCCUCAGAUUUCACUACGUGGCUGCGGGCGAGCGGGGCAAACCACUCAUGCUGUUCCUGCACGGGUUCCCCGAGUUCUGGUUCUCGUGGAGGCACCAGCUGAGGGAGUUCAAGAGCGAGUUUCGUGUGGUGGCUGUGGACAUGAGAGGAUACGGUGAAUCUGACCUGCCUCCUGCCACUGACUGCUACCGGCUUGACUACCUCGUCACUGACGUCAAGGACAUCGUAGAGUAUCUGGGAUACAACAGAUGUUUCCUGGUGGGACACGACUGGGGUGGCAUCAUUGCUUGGCUCUUCGCAAUUCAUUAUCCUGAAAUGGUGGUGAAGCUGGUCGUGCUGAACAGCCCUCAUCCCUGUGUGUUCGCUGAUUAUGCUCUUCGCCACCCCAGUCAGAUGCUCAAGUCCAGUUACUUCUUUUUCUUCCAGCUUCCACGCUUCCCAGAGCUUAUGCUUUCCAUCAACGACUUUAAGGCACUGAAGAGUUUGUAUACGAGCCGGAGCACAGGGAUCGGGCUUAAGGGCCGCUGGCUGACUGCAGAAGAACUUGAGGCUUACCUGUAUGCCCUGUCCCAGCCCGGAGCUCUCACAGCUGCCCUCAACUAUUACAGAAAUGUGUUCAGUUUCCUCCCUCUCAAACAGAGCGAGGUACGCUCGCCAGUGCUGCUCCUGUGGGGUGAAAGGGACGCCUUCCUAGAGCAGGACAUGGCCGAGGCCUGUCGCCUCUACAUCCGCAACCACUUCCGCCUGAACAUCAUCUCCGGUGCGAGUCACUGGCUUCAGCAGGACCAGCCCGACAUCGUCAACACACUUAUAUGGACGUUCCUUAAAGAGGGAGAGGGACGGAAAAACUACAGGAACUGAGUCUGUAAAGAAAGGGGCCUUGUUUCACCCUACACCUCGGCCUGCACACCUUCUGAUUAAUGCAAGCAUCCUGUCUAUUUCAGCACAUCUUGGAUGUUAAUAAAACACUAAUGUGAAGCCUAGAGGUGAAUAAAAAGAAAAGCACAUUUUAGAAGAGGUUAAAUAGAGAGUAGAGUGUCCGGUUGAUGUUUCUCAGAUUUUUUGCACAUGACAUUCGCCUUAAAUUGUUGGUGACAACAUUUGUGUGUGGCAAAAGUCUCUUUGUGAGUAAGUUGUAUUGUGUGGUGCCUUUUUUGACUUGAACUUGUACCAUGUUGCGAGAUAUAAAAUGUGCCAUGUGUGUUGAGUCUGAGCUGUGGGAUCGCUACGCUGUAAACCAGACAAAUCUUUCGAGACCCCUAGAAUCGCUCAACCUCUUUCAGGUAGUGUUGUCUUAAUGAAUAAAUAUUGUUCUUCUCC